CCAUCCGCGCCGAGCGAGCCCCUCCCGGGCCCCAGCACCGUCCCAGGCCCCGCACGACCCGCGCCCGCAGCCGUCCAGCGCUCGCCCGGCUACCGCGGCCGCCGCCGGGGAGGGGAAGCGCCCGGCCCACUACCCGCAGGGCGGGCCCAGAGAGACCAUGACCUUGGACCUCCCCAGGAGAGGCUUUCUGAUGCUCCUGAUGGCCUUGGGCCUGACCCAGGGCGACCCCAUGAAGCCCUCUCGGGGCCCGCUGGUGACCUGCACCUGUGAGAGCCCACACUGCAGGGGGCCUACCUGCCAGGGGGCCUGGUGCACGGUCGUGCUGGUGCGGGAGGAGGGCCAACACCCCCAGCAGCACCGGGGCUGUGGGAGCCUGCACGAGGAGCUGUGCCGGGGGCGCCCCACCGAGUUCGUCAACCACUACUGCUGCUACAGCCCCCUGUGCAACCACAACGUGUCCCUGGUGCUGGAGGCCACCCAGAUUCCUCCGGAGCAGCCGAAGGUAGAUGGCCAGCUGCCUCUGAUCCUGGGCCCCGUGCUGGCCUUGUUGGCCCUGGUGGCCCUGGGUGCCCUGGGCCUGUGGCAUGUCCGGCGGAGGCAGGAGAAGCAGCGGGGCCUGCACAGCGAGCUGGGCGAGUCCAGCCUCAUCCUGAAGGCAUCUGAGCAGGGGGACAGCAUGCUGGGGGAUCUCCUGGACAGUGACUGCACCACAGGCAGUGGCUCAGGACUCCCCUUCCUGGUGCAAAGGACAGUGGCGCGACAAGUGGCCCUUGUGGAGUGUGUAGGCAAGGGCCGCUAUGGCGAGGUGUGGCGUGGCCUGUGGCAUGGUGAGAGCGUGGCCGUCAAGAUCUUCUCUUCGAGGGAUGAACAGUCCUGGUUCCGGGAGACGGAGAUCUACAAUACAGUGCUGCUCAGACACGACAACAUUCUAGGCUUUAUUGCCUCGGACAUGACUUCCCGCAACUCGAGCACGCAGCUCUGGCUCAUCACGCACUAUCACGAGCACGGCUCGCUCUAUGACUUCCUGCAGAGGCAGACGCUGGAGCCCCAGCUGGCCCUCAGGCUGGCUGUGUCGGCUGCCUGCGGCCUGGCUCACCUGCACGUGGAGAUCUUUGGCACGCAGGGCAAGCCGGCCAUCGCCCACCGAGACCUCAAAAGCCGCAACGUGCUGGUCAAGAGCAACCUGCAGUGCUGCCUCGCCGACCUGGGCCUGGCUGUGAUGCACUCCCAGAGUAGUGAUUACCUGGACAUCGGCAACAACCCGCGAGUGGGCACCAAGCGGUACAUGGCCCCUGAGGUGCUGGAAGAGCAGAUCCGCACCGACUGCUUCGAGUCCUACAAGUGGACAGACAUCUGGGCCUUUGGCCUGGUGCUGUGGGAGAUUGCCCGUCGGACCAUUGUCAACGGCAUCGUGGAGGACUACAGGCCACCCUUCUAUGAUGUGGUGCCCAAUGAUCCCAGCUUCGAGGACAUGAAGAAGGUGGUGUGUGUUGAUCAGCAGACCCCCACCAUCCCCAACCGGCUGGCUGCAGACCCGGUCCUCUCAGGCCUGGCUCAGAUGAUGCGGGAGUGCUGGUACCCCAACCCCUCUGCCCGCCUCACUGCGCUGCGGAUCAAGAAGACACUGCAGAAGCUCAGCAACGGUCUUGAGAAGCCCAAAGUGAUUCACUAGCCACAGGCCUGAAGCCUGACUCCCCUCUGCCUGCAGUGCAUGUGGGGUGGGGGACAGACGGUGGCCUAUCUGGGUAGAGAGACGUAGUGUGAGUCUGUGUGCUGGGGAGGAGGGUGCCCCUCUACGGGCCGGCUGUGCCUGCCUGCCGGCUCAUCCAGCCAAAAAUACAGCUGGGCUGAAACCUGAUCCCCCCGCCGUCUGGCCUGCUCAAAGCAGCAGGCUCCCUGACGCCUGGCUCCCUCUCCAACCUCAUGCCCUGGGCGCAGCCCCUACCACCCCCAGGACAGGAUGCGAAAGAGGCCCCAGAGCCAGGGUGGCCAGGCUAGGGAAUCCCAGUCGCGGGCCCAGAGCCCGGGCCUGCACUUUUCCCCCUGCCCUCGGUCAACCCCACUGCCCCACCAGAGCUGCCAGGGUGACACAGGGCUCUGUCUAGCCUUCAGUAUACAUCUCGCCUCUGGCAUCAGCCUCACACCCAGGGUCCAUCAUUUCCUCUCUGUGGGUUUGCCUGGGGCCUCUGUCUCCUGGACAAGACCCCACCAGCUGAGCACCAGCUGCCUGGGAGAGCUGGGGCCUGAUCCUGGGCCCCUUCCCCACCACCAGCCUAGCUCACAUCUUAGGACAUUAAACCCAGGGAAUCCUGCUGCAGGUGUGUCCAGGUCAGAGGACGGUAGAGAGGUAAUAGGUCAGAUGGGGGAGGCCCAGAACCUUCAGUAUUACUGGGAGACGCUAAAGCCAAGCACAGCUCGGGAAGGGCUCAGCUGGGAGUCAGGAGACCCAGGUUCUGGCCCUGGGCAGUUGCUCCAUGGGACAAGAAUGAGGCCUUCACUGUCCAGGACCUUUGUUUCCUCAUCUACAUAUUGAAAGAUUCAGUCCUGAUGUCCUUUGAGGUUUUUUCCGCUCUGAUUUUCUUUGAAAUUUCAGCCUGUGUCAGAGGUCAGUUCAUCAGUCCUUUCUGUUCCUCUUGCCCCAGCCCCUGGCAAUUUGCCUCAAGGUAGGGCCUUGAAAAUAACUUAAUCUGAGGCCAGGAGUGCCUGAAAGACCUCCUAGACAAAUUCUACAAGCUCCAAUUCCUGCCUUAAACCAGUAGCCAUCUUUGGGUUCAGACAGCCCUGGGCCUUGUGGCAGGCAAACCAGCCACUCACCCCACUCUCUGGCUUAGCCUUCUCUGUCCAGGACUGAGACGGGCUGAGGACCGGCUUCCUGCAGGGCCUCCAAGGCUCAGAAGACAUUUGGCUCCAGCCAGCAAGCCUCCAGCGCUUAGGUUCCUGCUCUCCACUGGCCCCUGGCCCAGGCCCACAGCCUUGGCCAGGCCCCAGACAGUGUGUCUAGGAAGAACCUGGUGGCUGUGGAGAAACACAUGGAAAGUUCAGCAUUUGGCAAUGUCAAGGGUGUAUGUCCAUGCAAUGAAGAGGUUACCCCAAACCCUGGGCGGGUGGAUGGGCUGGAGGUCGGUGGAUGGGAGGUAGAGCCUGAGGGAUGGGGGAUGGGGGGGCUCAGGCUAGGGACAAGGACAGUCCCAAGCUUGGACGACCUGGCAUCUCAGCCCUCGGGGCUGGGUGGAGAAGGACCCUCAGUUCUCCACAGGAGGUGACAAAAACACAGCCUCCUCCCCUCCUGCUGUGGAUGACCCAGCACAACCUCCCCAGGAGGCUUGCGUGCUGCUUCCGCCAGCCACCGUGGCACUUUCCCAGGCCUGUCUCCCCAUGUUGUGCAAGGUCCGCAGCACAACCAGGAAGUGAAACUGGGUGAAAACAGAAAGUGAGAGGGACCUGUUGGGUCCUCCGAUGAGCUCGGGACACUUUCAUGUCUUCUGGUCACUGGAACCCACCCAGCCCAGGAGCCAGUCCCCCCCCCCCCCAUGCCAGAUUUGAUCUCUGCUGGAUGGGGUGUGCAAAGUGUCUCCUCCUGGGACUCCACAGCCAGAAACGGAAGGCCACAGCUCCCUGGGGGGCUGGAAAAUCCCUGAGGGGGAGAAGGUCUGAGGCAGGAGGCGGAGUGACAGGGGCCGUGGUGCUGGGAGAAAGUAGCCAGUGGCUAGGGAGGGAAGGAGGCCCUGGGGAGAACAGUGUGCCUGGUGCUUCUGAGUGCAGGAAGGAAGGUGUGCCGGGGCCCAAAUUACAGUCUCUUACUUGGAGACACUGUGGGAGCACCUAGCUUGUGCCUAGCACAUAGUAGGUCCUCAAUAAACCAUGCUUGA